UCUGACGUCGUUUCCCGUUUCAUCUUCCUCAGUUUCUUCUCAGUUUCCCCGAAUUCUAUUUGAACACCAACCCUAUUCACAUUUCCCUCUUCUUUCUUCUUAUUUUACCCAAUGUCUUCCUAAACCCUAACCUAGUCUUCGUGUCUCCAUUCGUGCUCAUCGCAUCUCAAGCGAUUGGAAGGUUUUUCAGAGUUUUCUUCUACAUUUGCGAUCUGAAUUCGACUCUUGCUUGCCGGCGGCGAUCUCUCCGACAGUCUUGUUAUAGAGAAAAUGGAUCCUGAUUCAGUUAAAACGACCUUGUCCAAUUUAGCAUUUGGAAAUGUAAUGGCAGCAGCUGCUCGAGAUUAUCAAAAGGAAGUGCUAUCUCAGCAGAAGGCACAAGCUUCCAGUUCAAUCAAUCAGGAGGUUGAUCUUGAUGAGUUAAUGGAUGAUCCAGAGCUGGAAAGAUUGCAUGCAGAUAGGAUUGCAGCUCUUAAGAAAGAAGCUGAGAAGCGACAGGCUUUAAAGAAGCAAGGGCAUGGAGAAUACAGGGAGGUAACUGAGGCGGACUUCUUGGGUGAAGUCACUGGGAGUGAAAAAGUAAUUUGCCACUUCUACCAUCGGGAGUUCUACCGGUGCAAGAUAAUGGAUAAGCAUUUGAAAUCCCUUGCACCAAGGCAUAUGGACACCAAGUUUAUCAAGCUGGAUGCGGAGAAUGCACCAUUCUUUGUCGCCAAACUAGGAGUCAAAACUUUGCCUUGUGUCAUCUUAUUCAGAAAAGGGAUUGCAGUAGAUAGGUUGAUCGGGUUUCAAGAUAUGGGAGGAAAAGAUGAUUUCGCCACAAGGACACUCGAGGCUCUGCUUAUAAAGAAAGGUAUAGUUAGUGAGAAGAAAAAAGAUGAAGAUGAUGAAGACGGGGGUUAUCCUGAAAGUAGACGCAACACAGUGAGAUCAUCUGUGGAUCUAAACUCUGAUUCAGACUGAAAUGGAAAAAGUAAUUGAAGAGUUCAAUUGUGAUUGUGAGUUGCUUUUGGAAUGCUUAUUAGUGUGAUAUCGGUUUCAUAGCCAUAGGCAUGAACCAAUAAACAGCUGAAUUAAUGAUGGUAUUUGGGGAGAGAGGAAGUGUGAGUAUGUUCCUGAACCUCCAUAGGAUAUCCCAGAGGUCAUUGUAGAUUAUUUGGUUUCAUUUUAAUUAAAGCCUUGGAAUGAUCCUGUACUUAUGUAUGGAUGUAGAGGCUUGGCCUACAGGGCGGAAAGAAAAUUCGAGAUAGAGAUUGAGCUUGGGUAUAUUUGAAUAUGAGAAAAACUACUAUUUUUGGUUGCCUUGAGGCAGUGGAA